AGCCCCGCGCCCCGGCCCCGCGGCAGGUCCGGCCCACGAAUAAUGACGGUUCCUGCUUCUCGCUUAUAUUGACUAAACACCGUGUGCACUUUAACCCCCUGUCAGUGCCAUCAGGCAGACAGAAGACAGGGUUUUGAAAUCUCAGCUAUAAAGACAUCCAGCCAAAGUCUCAAUCUUGCCUUAACAAUGUUCCGGAGACUGAAUAAAAUGUUUGUGGGUGAAGUCAGUGCUUCUUCCAGCCAAGAACCAGAAUUUAGUGAGAAAGAAGAUGAUGAAUGGAUUCUCGUUGACUUUAUAGACACUUGCACUGGUUUCUCAGCAGAUGAUGAGGAAGAAGAUCUUGGCGAAGAGUCACCGACUGAGCACCCUGCUGUCUUUUCCUGUUUACCAGCCUCUCUUGAGUGCUUGGCUGAUACAAGUGAUUCCUGCUUCCUCCAGUUUGAGUCCUGUCCCAUGGAGGAGAGCUGGUUUAUCACCCCUCCCCCAUGUUUUACUGCAGGAGAAUUAACCACUAUCAAGGUAGAAACCAGUCCUAUGGAAAACCUUCUCAUCGAACAUCCCAGCAUGUCUGUGUAUGCUGUGCAUAACCCCUGCCCUGGUCUCAAUGAGGCCACCUGUGGGACUGAUGAAUUUCAUGACCCAAGUAGUCCCAGAGUAGAAGCUCAAAAUGAAAUGGAGCAGCACAUUCAUUGCUAUGUUGCAGCUCUUGCUACUCAUGCAACUUUUCUGGAACAACCCAAGAGCUUUCGACCUUCCCAGUGGAUAAAAGAACAUAGCGAAAGACAGUCUUUGAACAGAAAUAGCCUUCGUCGCCAAAAUCUUACCAGGGAUUGCCACUCUCGGCAAGUCAAGCACAAUGGCUGGGCUGUCCAUCAGCCCUGCCCGCGUCAGUACAAUUACUAAGAAUUUCAAGUUUGGCUGGUUGGUUUCUCUUGGUUUGUGCCUGUGUGUGGAUAUGUGUGUGUGGACAAUGAAAAUGUCUCCUGACAGCCAAUUGAUGACCAAUCACAUUGUUAUAUUCAUGUUUAGACACUAUCUUGAAAACCAGAUUUACAUGCUGUGUAUCACAUAAUGCCUUGCUCUUAACAUUUUCUUCUCUGUAAAUUUUUUCAGAAUAUUUUUGGAAACAUAUCAGUACAGUUACAGUGUUUGGUAUCUGGGGAUGUCUUUAAAUCCAUUAAGGUGUAUAUGAGUUAGUCAGCAUUUUGAAGACAUUUCUUCCCACAUACGAGAAUAGGUAUCUUUCAAUUCCAUUUUAUUUUGUAUUACUUAGUCAAUCUUUUGAGUAAGCAAAAAUUUAUUCUCAGGGUCAGCCAUACACUUUAUUGACCAGUACUUGAUAAUCUUUUCUGUAUAUUACGAACACAUUUUACACACUAACGUGAGCAUUAACGGUGAUAGUUGCCAUGGAUAUAAUGGAAUUAUGGCUGAACUUUCUUUUGAAAGAAAACUUGAUAUAUUUCUGUGUGUAUAUUUGUUUUGUUUUGUUUUGUUUUUUCAGAUUAGCCAUGUAGUUCAUUUUGGAAUUCAGGUACAUUAAGUUUUAGUGAACAGUUCAUUUAGUUAUUCUGAUGUGACAGAUGUUAAGGGGCGGCACUCGUCCCACACGCAGAGGGAUGAAAUUAGACCUGUGAAAUUGUAUUUGGAAAAAUGUAUGUCUAUAACCCCAUCAGUCCACUAUUUAAAUCAUAGGGGUUCUUUCCUGCCGGCUCUGCCCACUCGCCACUUUGUGUUAGUGGUUAAUUCAGAAGUACUUGUCCAGGCACUUGAAUGAUUUCUUAUUUAUAUCUGCCCAAGGGGAAGGAGAUGGGCCAUGUAUUUCUGAUAACAGUGAUAAAUCCUCUGCCACGGAGCCUCUCCUGCCAACUGGCAACAAGCAGGAGUGAGGAGGAAUUUCUGGUGAUGUUUCAUAGCAUCUAAAGAGUGACAAGUUGGCUCCCUUGAUUUUCAUUUUUUUUGUUUUAAAUUGGGCUUCAGGCGAAUCUUUAUAACCACUUUGGCCUCUGUUUCUUCCACCAACAGGGGAGUCAUAAUAUUUAGCUCCCUUGUAGUUUGCUGUGAGGACUAUGUAUUUGAAGUGGGGCUGUUCCUUAUGUGAAAUUCUAAGGACCUCUCUGAAUCCAGUGACGGGGUGGGGCCUGUGGCAUUUUUUCUGCCACAGUUGUUCUUUAGAGUUGGUGCUCAUGAGGCCAGGGUGCAGGGUUCCAUUCAUACAGAGGCCAGUUAACUUGACACAGAGAAAAUCUAUUCCUUACCUCUAACCAGUCACUUUAUUUUCUAGCAGUUGUGAUGGGUUUUGCUGAGCCACUCUCACCCAUUUCCUCUGAAAUUACGUUAAAUACAUUUACAAUUUAAAACACCAUCUACUGACAGAACAGUAGUAUCAACUUAAUAAUAAAACAGCUAUUUUCCAUUUCCUCUGCAACCCUAAUUAAGUACACAUCUAUAAAAAGUCUUCAAGGGGAAAAGCCAGCCUAUAGUUAUGUGAAGUAGUGUAUAUUCUUCAGUAACCCUGUAGCACCUGAUGCAGGGAACCAUGGGAGACUUUUUUUUUAAAGUGAAGAGCUGUGCUCUUUUCUGACUAGACUGGCAUGUUUAGAAUGAGAAGAGGUCAAAUAGCAUAGUUAGGUUGUGGCGUUAGUUUCUUCACUGGCCACGAAGUGCCAGGAAUGUUUUUAUAACCAGUCUAGAUACCCCUUUUCUCCUUUAUACCCCUUCCAUUUCUACUACCCUUUUAUUUAUUUGUUUUCUGAUUAGGGGCCAAGUAUAUAAAGUUUUUGUCAAACUGAGCUCGAAGUUAUUUUGUUACUAUUGUGUUUACCAGAGUGGGGAGAUGAGGUAGUGUUCUCAUGAAGGUGUGUUUUACACCAGUCUGAUACAGGGCCAUGUGUCAGUAACUUGAAAAUAACCCAGCUAGAUGUUUUCUGGAUGUAAGCCUCUAAAGACCUGGGGGGGUCUCUCUUUUUGUUCUUAUAUUCCAUGUAGGUUGUUAGUACCUCAUGAGCUAACAGAAGUUCAGCCAUUAGAAUUUGUUUGGCAGCGUGAACAGAACUGUAUAUAAAACUGCAGUAGUUUUUUUUUUUUAACUAUUAUUUUUUCAGAUUUGCUGAUGCCUUCAACACAUUUACAUCUCUGUCAGUUAUUGACCCUUUGCUGUCUCUGGGCCUAGUUUUUUAUGCUUUACACCUGGUAAGCAAGUGAUUUAGUCUCUGGGAUGUUUCUUCAGGAUAAGAUCAUCUGUGAUCUCAUACUGUGGUUUCUAUAUCAGUAUCUUAAGAUUGCUAACUGAAGUUGGCACAUGUAAGAAUUGAAGCAAGUGGUUAUAUAAUUCAGUUGAAGUUCUUGGUCAUUAAAGAUGUCUAGGCAUCUACUGUGUACAAGACACAAGACCAAUAAUAAGACAGAAUGAUAUUGACCUGUUAAGUAUUCUUUCAAACAUAGCCAAAAUGCAUUUUACUAUGAGUUUUAAUUAUUAUUUUGCUGUUGUAAAUAUGAGUGGUUUACAAUGUGCUUUAGUGUAUAUUCCUUAAAAACUCAAGCAGUGAGAAACAAGACCCCUUCAGAUUUUGUGCUGUUUCUAAACUGAUAAUAUAGAAUGUUACUUGGAAAAAGUCUGGAAUAUGUGGUGCAUACAAGCAGUGCUUCAUGAACGAGUUUUAGUUUUUUAAUGCACCGUGUUUCUCAAAGUUUCUGUUUUUGUUAAUAAAACAUUUUGUAAUGUAUAUCCUUUUUUAUUACUUUUCCUUCCUCAACUAAUUGAACUGUGUACUGCACUGUAUAUUGAAGAUAAACCAUCUACUAUUUAUCUUCUGUGGCAAUGCAUUUAUUUGGUUGGUUGAGUGGGGAAUUUUUUGCAGAAUAUACAAAGAGAUCAGUUUUUUGACUUCCUAUCCCAGGGAGCUUUUUUUUAGUUAAUUUCCUGAACACUUUUCUGGUUCCCAUGCAAAUUUUUCCUGUUUACACAUCUUCUCUGUUGUAUCAGUACUUUCUUUCUAGUGAGAAGAUAGUUUAUUUAAAACUUGAGAGGUCUAUUCAGCAUCACUUACAGUUUUUCCUGCUCAAAUCUGUGUAUUACACUGGCUUAUAAUCUUUGUGUUUCAUUGAAUAUGAAUGUCUUUGCUAUUUCUCCACCUCCUCCUCAAGGAAAUACGUUGUCUUCAUAUACUCUUAAGAAAAAGGAGCAAAAAGGAGUAUCUUCUUUAUCCUCAUUUUCUUUGAGUGAGAAACACAAAAAAAAAAAUGAAGGACGCCAACUAGAAGAUAGGCAUUGGAAUUUAAAUAGAUUAAUAGAGAAAGUUUAAGCAUUUCCAAGUAUUAGUUUUGUUUUUAGAAUCCGUUAAGUGACUGCUCCUUAUACUGGGAGAUACCAUUAUAUGUUUGUAAUGUGACCUUAAAAUGAUCUUUUUGUUUUAUAAAGCCCAUAUACAUUAGUUAAAUUCUUUUAAAAGUUGGGCUACUGUCGUGGUUUCACUGCCACCAGCCAUGUUGAUGUAUUAUAAAUGGCAUCCUUAUCUACUUUUUUUAUGCUUAAAAUUUUAUAUAAAAUGCUUUAUUUAGCAACCUUGCAUAAUACAAUGGUGUCAGUUCUUGCCAUGUACCAGUUUCACUUGAAAUUUGACACCAGUUAUAGCAGUUUGGGGUGGAGAAAGAGGUACUGGGGGGGGGCACACAGAUAAGGUGAUCUUUUCCCAUUUGCAACAGUAUCCUUUAUGUGGGAGGAGAAGUUACUAUUCAAAGGAAGGCAGCUUAAGUGCAUAAUGUUUGUGUAUUGUCUUUCCUUACAUUUAAAAAAAAAUCGUUGGACUGUUAAAUGCCCAAUUUUGUUCUGUAUUUGCCUGAAGUUUUAUGAUUUUUACCGAGGUGGACUUGUGAAAACCAAACCAGUGCUUGGGGAGGUUCGGUGUGUGUGUUUCCUGGCUUGGUGUGAAUGAGUGGUUUUGCUUUUUGGUUGUGUUUUCUUACAGAGGUUUGGAACUUUAAUCAAUAAUUAUGUGUGUUAUUUAAAAAAAGUGGCUUUUUUUCCCUCACAAUUGUGAAAACAUUUGUUUUUCAAAAGCAGGGCGUCAGUUACAGAGACUGAAGAAUAUUGUAGAUUGUUCUAUGUGCCUUCUUGAUGUGUUUCUGGACACAGAUUUUUUUUUCAACAACUUGAAAACUCAAAAGGGACAUUUGGUUAGGUUAUAAACUGUACAUCAAUCUAUGCAUAAAUGGCAGCUUGUUUUCUUGAGCCACUGUCGAAAUUUUUUUGUUUUUAUAGAAUUUUUUAUACUGAUUGGUUGAUAGUCAGUUUUCUACACAGACUAAACAAUACAGCACUUUGCCAAAAAUAAGUGUAGCAUUGCUUAAACAUUGUGUAUUAACACCAGUUCUUUGUAUUUGGGCUCAGUGGUGCAUUUUGCACUAUCUGGAGUUGUGGUUUUUAAUCUGUCAGUAAAUAAAAUGUCCUUUAAUGUCACAUUUGUCAGGUUCUCUUUAUUUCAUCU